AUGUCUAGUUUCGAAAUUGAAACUUUGAAAACACUCCCGCCGUGUCAUCCACAACUUGUUGAGGCGAUAAUAACUCAAAUCAAGAGUCAAGGAUUGUUCGAUGACUUCAGGAAGAGCUGUCUCUCCGAUAUCGACACAAAGCCAUCGUAUCUGAAUCUGAAGCAACGGGUUGAGGGCUACGUGAAUAAAUUCUUGAGCCGUCAGAAGUGGAGCAGCGCUUUGCAGAAAAAUCAACUCCGUGACACGCUCCGGAAAGAUAUCAACGAAUCGGGCCUUUUAAAAACCGGUCUCGACCAUCUCGUGGAUCAGUUGUUGUACGCUCACGCCGAGAAAUCCAUUCGGCCGAAAGUCCGAGCGGAAAUAAAAAAGUUCCUGAAUCUUACCGAUCCAUCGGAGCAACAAUCAGUUCUACAAGAUGUCCCGAACUACUCCAUCGCUCCCCCGCACUAUGGUCCCCCAGCGAUGCCGCCGCUGCCGCCAGUUCCCCCGCCGCCUGACGUCACUGGGGUGAUGAUCGACACUUUCGGUAACCUAAAGCCUCCGGAGCCCCCCUCACCACACGGGAGCGAAUAUUCUGUUGAUAUGUCGGACUCUAGUAUGGUAGGUCGAGACGAAGCUCCGCCCGCCUUGCCUAAACGUUCGACGAAUCAGAAGUCAAUCGACCCGGACGGGAGUGAAGCUUUGUGUGACAUGGACCUCGAAAGCAAAGGGAGCCCACAUCAGCCGAAGCUCGGUCUUGACCAGUGCUCGUCUCCCGAGAUAUUUGAAGAAGUUUCGGAAGAGGGCUCCCUCGGCGGAACACCUGUGCGGGAUGAAGAUGCUUCCGACCCGAAGUCGAGAUCAUUCCAAGCACGGACGGAUUUCACGGGUCUCUUCAAAGACUGUAGCAGAGCUGAUCAGCCGAUCUGCGAUGAGACAGAAGUCAUAAUCGAUGAGGAGAAUAUGGUUUUCGAAGUUUCGGAAGAGUGCGUCAAGACGGAGGAGUCCACGAAAUUGUAUGAGGAAGCCGCCACGCCGACCGCCGAUGAGGAAGUGCUUUCAAUGCAAGGAGAUGACUUGGAGCAAGCAAACGUGACUCCGAUCAUGGACGAGGCUCCAGAGGGAGAUGACGACAUGGAAAUUUCGUCCGACGCGGAAACUCAGUGCGAAGAUGAGGUCCAAUCCCUCCUCAACGGUCUGCCGAUCGAGGAUAAGAACCCACAGACUAUCGAAACACCGAGGAAGAGUCCUAUCGAGAUGGGAACGCCGCCUCCUCCCGAAUGCGAAGCUGCUUACCACGAGAGCAUGGAUGCAGAUCUUUCGAAUACGCAACCACCCCUACAAAUUGAUACUGAAGAUACGGGGAACACUGUUAUCGAGAAAACUCAACUCGAAGCUGGCCAGGACACUGAACGGACAAGCGACAUCCCGUCCAAACUCUCUGAUUCUCCUCCAAGCGGAGUGAACAAGGAAGAAACUCAAGUGACCGAUUUCGAGGUCGAUCGAGAGGCGGCAGAUCCGCUUCCGGAAGCACUGAAGUCAGAGAAACUAGAGCCCGAUUCCUCGGAUGAGAACACGGAGAGGGCGAGCGUCGCACAACCGAGAACCAAAUCACCGGAAGCGCCCGGAGGAGAAAAAGGUUCCAAUCCGAAAGACGACGCGAAGCACAAAGAGAGGAAAAGCUCAUCGAGCUCCCAUCAUAAGUCCUCAAGUCGAAGCGAGAGCGACCGAGACCGACAUCGUGAGCAUAAAUCAUCUUCCUCCAGUCAUCACGGCUCCUCAUCUAGAUCCAAGAAGGUGAAGGACCAUCACGCGAGAAACCGCGACAGAGACGGAGAUAAGCGCGAAGACAGGAAAGAUAAAGAACGUGACAGGAAGAAAGACAGAGAUCGGGAACGACAUCGAGAUCGGGGACACGCUGAUAGCAAGCAUCGAUCGUCUUCGCACAGUCGCAGCAAACAUCCGAAAUCCGCUCAGCCAGAUAAGCGGAGAGAAGAAGAAAGGAAGAAACGCAGCUCCGGCAGCUCGAAAGGGCUUAGUCGUUCCAAAUCCGGGGAGAACAGCCCCGUGGCUGAUGCGGGAAUGUCAGAUACAGAGGUGAAGACAGCGGCGGAGACUAUCGGUACCGUUGGGGUCGAUGCAGACUUGUCGACGAGAAACAAGAAGUCGGAGCGCGGAAUCCUGCCUAGGACCCGAGCCGCUCCGACUCCUGAACAGACUGACGUGAGCGCCUCCAAAGAAAUCUCCUAA